GUGCAAAACAUUCGGACUUUUCGUUAACAAAAUAUUAAGAAAAAAAUAAAACUUGUGUUAUUUUCAAGAAUAUGAAUGAAGAGACUCACGAAGAAAGACAAAACAAUGAACUUGUUGCAUUGCAGGCAAUCUAUGGAGAAGCAGUUGUGGAUAUACGCAAGAAAGCAGCAUGGAACGGAUGGCGUCCCUUGGAUAUACUUUUGAAGUUACAACCAUUACACAAUUCAGAAGGCGUACAUUGCUCUGCUACACUGCAGUUUAAAUGCUGUCAUAAUUAUCCUGAUAAACCGCCAACUAUAUCUAUUAACAAAAUGAAUGGCCUAUCUGAUGAAAAUGCUAACAAAUUACUGGAUGACCUUAAAGCUAUGGCAGAACAGUAUUGUGGUGAAGUGAUGAUAUUUCAAUUGGCACAACAUACACAGCAAUUCCUACAUGAUCACAAUAAACCUACAUUAUCUUUUUAUGAUGAGAUGUUGAAGCAAAAGACAGAAAUGGAAAAAUUAAAACAGCAUGAUAUACAAGUGAAAGAAAAUGAAGAAAGGCAAAAAAUGAAAGAUGAAAUACAAAGACGGCAAGAGACGUUACGUAAUUCUGAUAAGCGUGUUCACAGAUCAAGUCUUAACCAGUCAGAACCGGAUAAUGAAGGGCAGGGAGAUGCUCCUAAAUUAGUGUACUAUGCAGAUGAUAAAAUGUCGCCAGCUAAGAAGGUAUCACGUAGUCGGAAUACACACAUACCAUGCACCUGUCAUGCUAAAGGGACGCAAAUUAUGCGCUACACACAGAGAAAUAACAAGAAAGUGUAUAUUGGAAAUUGUUUAGGCCAUUCAGCAAACGGCUCGACCACUUACCUAGCAAUAGACGACGACGGUCAGCAAGUGAUAGCAAAGAAAUGGUGUCUCUCGUCCGCAUCAGACUUCCAAACGCGCAACAAGCAGAUAAACCAAAUACAACAAGACUUGAAAGCAAUGUGCCGGAUAAAACACCAGUCCUUAAUCCCUUACAUAGCGAUGGAAAUCUCCACAGAGUCGAAAAAAGCCAGACAAUUCGUGUACAUCUUUAGAAGUUUCGUUCUGGGCAGUUCGUUGAAAUAUCUCCAGAAUAAAUCCAGAACGUGCGGUGAUAUGUUGGAAGCGUUGAAACUAGUGCGUCAUAUAGCGUUGGGCUUGUAUAGUGCGUUGCGUGAAUUGCACAGUGUUAAUGUGUUGCAUCGUGAUGUUAGGUGCGAGAAUGUGUUUCUGGAAGAUAGUGGCACGGUGAAGUUGGUUGGAGCGAGCUUGGAUAUACGGUUGGUGGAAGUGGUCGAUGGAGAUAGUUAUUGUGAUCGACAGACAAAAGCGCAAGAUAUUUUUGCAGCGGCACAAUUAUUAUUAUCCAUUGUUUCUCCAGAUGCGAUACAUGAAAUACCACCAGAGUUUCCUGGUUCUGCAAAGGACUUCUUUUCAAGAUGCUUAACAGAAGAUGAGCAUACGCAAUGGUCGGCAGAACAAUUGGUCAAACAUGGCUUCUUAGUCGAUGCUCCGUUGAAAUUGCCAAAUAGUAAAGAGAAUAAUAAUGGAGAGAGUGAGUCUGAAGACGAAGAUGGUGCCAAAAAGUUGAAUAAUAUAGGGAAUCUAGUCAAUGGGCAUUCGAGAUUGAACGCCGAGUUCGAAAUACUAACUUGGCUUGGCAAAGGUGCUUUUGGUGAUGUUUUAAAGGUCAAGAACAAGCUAGACGGUGGCUUCUACGCAAUAAAACACGUGAAAUUGAACCCUAAGAGCGUAGAAUUAAAUAAGAAAAUCACUCGCGAAGUUAAACUGCUAUCUCGACUUAAUCAUGAAAACGUAGUGCGAUAUUACAAUGCCUGGAUAGAAACUAUAAUAGACACUGAAAUAGAAGAGACAAGUAUAUCUAAAAGCCCUGUGAGGAAAAAGGAUAGCCUAGCUGAUGUUGUAGCUAAGUUAGGACAGGGUGUUAAGGUAAAUUGGUCUAUGUCGGAUGCGCCAGUUCAGGCAAGAGACGAAUCUUCGGAUAGCGAAGAGGAUUCCAGUGAUGAUGAUGAUGAUGAACCGGAUCUAUGGUUCAAUAUUAUGAAGGGUGACGACGACUCAAGUAGCAUGAUAGAAUUCGAGGGAGUAUCCCAAAAAUCUGAGUCCACUCCAUCCGAAGACACCACAAUAUCAUCAGAACCUCGUCUCCAACAAGUACUUUAUAUACAAAUGGAGUUCUGCGAAAAGAAUACGUUGAGACAGGCGAUUGAUAAUGGCCUAUAUCAGGAGCAUUUUAGGGCAUGGAGACUGUUUAGAGAGAUUUUGGAAGGUUUAGCGCAUGUUCACCAAAAGGGUAUGAUACACAGAGAUUUAAAACCGGUCAAUAUAUUCUUGGAUUCAAAUGACCAUGUUAAAAUUGGUGAUUUCGGUCUGGCAACUAAGGUCUUUACUGGCUUGCCAGUUGAUGAGAGAAUACAAGACAGUAAGGAUACUGAUGGAUUGCUUACUGGAAAAGUAGGAACAACACUAUAUGUGGCUCCGGAACUUCAACAAUCGGCCACCAAAGUGAUUUACAAUCAAAAAGUCGAUAUAUAUUCCCUUGGGAUAAUUCUCUUUGAGAUGUUCCAUUCUCCGUUCGAAACGGGGACGGAGAGAUUUACUGUUUUAUCUAACUUGAGAAAGAGAGAGAUUAAAAUGCCCUGUGACUUCGAGAUAGAAGAGAAUUCGAAGCAGAUACAUGUUAUCAGAUGGCUUCUCGACCACGACGCAAGUCUCCGCCCCACGAGCGCAGAACUGCUAGCCAGCGAGCAUGUACCAAGAGCAGUACCCGAGGGUGCGCUGUCUGGUCUCCUGUCCCACACCCUCGCGGGCAGGGGAUCCAGGGGCUACCUGAAGCUGGUCUCCGCCUGCUUGGACCAGAGACCUUCAGCUGCAGAAGACUUUACGUACCAUAGUGCUGUGAAGGCCAAGCCGUUGGAUAUGAUAGAAGCAAUUAAGAAGGCGAUUUUAAAGAUAUUCCGAAGUCACGGAGCGAUCGAGUUCUCCCCACCAUUACUGACGCCUAGAGCGAGUCGCUGGGACCAAUGUCCUAAUGCGGUUAAAGUUAUGACUUUAUCGGGUUCUGUGUGUCAUUUGCCACAUGACUUGAGACUGCCCUUUGCUAGGCACAUUGCGUACUCGGGCACUAAAUAUAUGCGUCGUUACGUCGUUGAUCGCGUGUAUAGGGAAACCGAGAGGACUGUGAAAGGGUUCCAUCCGAGAGAGAUAAUUGAGUGCGCUUUUGAUAUGGUCACACCGUGUACUGAUACCCUCUGGCCUGACGCAGAAUUAUUAGUAGUAGCUUACAGGGCAGCUACAGCUAGUUCCCUAAAAGUAUCCAUACAAUUAAAUCAUACGGAGUUACUUAAAGCACUAUUACUGUCCUGCGGCGUUGCUCUGGACAAACACUCGUUAAUAUACCCAGUGUUGGUCGAUGUCAGUCUGGGACGUAUAACAAGUCUCCAAUUACAGACUCAUUUAGCGACUCUAUGCGUCACGAACCGUGACAUAACCAAUCUACUUCGUCUGAUGGAAGCGAACGUAGAUAUCAAGCAAGUGAGAGAUCUCGUCGCUCAAGUGAGAAGAGAUAAGUGGAGUCACACGUUGGAAAGAGCUGUGAGGGAGUUGGAGACGGUUUGCAGUGAUGCUGCGGAACUGGGGUGUGAGUGUCCAAUCACAGUAGCGCCGUUUCUAGCUUACAACGCGACGCAGCAUCGCGGAGUUUUCUGGCAGAUGUCAGUAUUGAGACAACAUUCUAAGCCCGCUGCUAAACAUCGCACUAAAGACCUCAUUGCUGCGGGGGGCAGAUACGAUAACCUCGUGGAAGAAUUCUGGAAAGUGGCCCGUGCUGAGAAAGAUCACGAUAAUGCUGAACUAACGUGCAGUUCGGUCGGAUUCUCGCUGUCUCUGGAACGAAUGGCGGCCAUCUUGAAGUGUAUGGAAGUGGAAGUGCCAAAUGUUGUUGGGAAAAAUUAUGAGCAAGACUUAGUGUGCGUGUGCGUAUCAAGCACGCACGCGCGGGCGUGCCGCGUGCUGGCCCGCGCGCUGUGGGCGCAGCGCGUGCGGGCCGCGUGCUGGGCGGGCGCGGGGGCGGACUGCGCGCACCUCACGCGCGCCGCACUGCUGCUGCGGCACGACCACGCGUACGUGCUCGCCACGUGCUGGGAGGGCGCCAGGUUACGAGAAUACAAAGUAGCCGCCAUAGAUGUAGUUGAUUUUGUCAAACAGAAGCUGAACCCGGAUACCACAGUUCGGAAUCCUGAAUAUGGUGGCCGUUCAAUAAGUUGGACCGAGAGCGACAAAUCAAACAGUCCAUGUUUAUCUGUCACCUUCAUCACGGCCAGUGAGAGAAUCACCAAGAACUCCAAGAGACACUGUGAAGUUCAGAUCAACAACCAAGUCACCUCAAUGCUGGUGCACCUCGGUCUACAAAGCGUGCUCGGUCGCGUGCGAGUCAACGUGCUAGCGCUAGCGUGCGAAGCGGCGUGCGUGCGGCAUCUCGCGGCGCAGCUGUCCGCGCCGCUGCUCGCGCCGCACCUGCCGCCCGCCUUCCGACACACGUGCGCUGCGUUCGUCAAACGACAGAAUAUUCUCGAAGAAGCGUUGGACGAACUUACAAACCUCGUGAAGCAAAGCAGCCAAAGCAGGUGUCCAGACGAAAUUUUAUUAUACGCUCUGUAUUCUAUACCGGACUCAUUGUGUCGAUUGAUCACUUGAUAUUUGUUUAUUUUAUAGUAAAAUGUCAAAAAUGUUAUGUAAAAGUUGCAAGUGUACUUACUCUAUGACACUAUAACACUUUAUUUUGUUACUAAUAAAUAGUGUCACUUAAGAACGGCUUAGCCAAAUUUCAUGACUUUAAAUUUCUUGGAUUUGAAUAAUAGAGGCAAUUUGAACCUAAAAAUAAAUUAAAGAAAGACCUUGACGAAGUUCCAGACACUAUAAUUGUUGUCUUAUAAAAGAUUGGAAUUGUUUUGUUACUAUCAAAAUAGAAGUACAACCUGUAACUACGAAAUAAGUACUAUACAAUAUGAAAUGAGACUCGCUUUUUUCGGGUUUAGUUAAUUCCGAUCAACAUAAACGACAGUCAAAACUUUUCUAAGAUAAAAUUAUUUCUGUCAUGUGACGUCACAGGUCACAAUCUAAUAUAAUAACCUGUGACGUCUCAGGUCUAUAAUAAUAUUAUAUACUUAUAAUAACAGGUGCUAUAAUUAUCAUUAAAACCAAAAAUAUGUUUUGUUUCUUUUUGUCAUAAAUAUUAUGAUUUUGGAUUAAAUUUCCUCAUCGUU